AUGAGUGGUGAUAAAUAUCCUGUUGAAGGACAGAAACUGUCCCCUUCAAAGAGGGACAUCCAACUAUCUGCCGGCAGCAAGGCCGCUCCCGAGAAAGACGCAGUCGCUCGGGAUGAAUCAAAUGCCAGAGAAGAACCAAAUGCCACCGAAACAUUGGCAUCAUCUUCUGGUACAUCUUUGAUCGAUGCAUUGUGGUCUCCAUUUGGUUCGUUACUGAAAGGCACACCAGACCGGAACAAGAAUCAAGAGUCUGGUUCUGACCAGGCAUCGGAUCAAGAUGGGCAAUUCCCAGAACAAAGUCAGAGCCCGGAAGCAACGCUUGGUGAGAAUUUUGAAGGAGAUACCAUGGCAAAAAGUGCAGCCAGAACUGGCAACAAAAAUGCGACAAAAACAGUUCCAGCUACAACCCCCACGGAGGAAAAGACAGCCCCACCGGAGGCAUACUAUGCGGCAAACGAAGUGCCGCUGUUCAAGAAACUCCAAAAGAAGCGAUUAUCAGGGACCCGCACAAAACAACUCCUCCGUGCUGCGUCGCGCGCUCAUGACGAUCCCCCCCCCGCCGGAGCUGGGAACAUGCUGUGGAAGCUCCUGCGAUCCGUGCGUGAAUGA